AUCCUUUUCAAUCAAAAACCAGGACCAGCAGGACCAGGACCCGGAUCUCUGCAGACCUCAGAGCCGCUCCUCUGCUCCGACACACCGCUGCUCCUCUCAGCUCUCAGGAAGUCUGGUUUGAUGUCUGCGUCAGUCCUGUCUCCAUGUGGACGCGUCGGUCUGCUCUGUGGACUCUUCCUCCUGGCCUCCUCCCCGCUCCUCACCGCAGGCCGAUUCUAUAACUGCACCCACCCUCUGGUUCCUGAACAUGGAGGCUUCCGCUGCGAUCCGUCCCCGUGUCGAGGCUUCCACCAGAAGACCUCCAUCCACCUCUUCUGUGAGCCCGGGUACCACAUCAGCAACAAGGUCCGCAUGUCCAAGUGCCGCCACGGGAGGUGGGUGCCUCCGAUCCCCGCCUGCGUCCCCAUCAGAGGUCCAAACAUAAACUCUGAUGACAGAGACGAUGACUCGAUGCCCAGCAUGGCCACGACAGCGGUGGGCGUCUCCAUCUUCCUGCUCACCACCACUGCCUGCCUGGUCGUCAAGUCCCGCCUCUACCCCUGUCAAUCACACAGCCGCCGCUCCUCAGACCAGCUGGACCUGAUGGUGGACGGACUCCCUGUCUCCCUCCCCUCCUACGAGGAGGCGGUAUACGGCAGCUGGGGUCAGCGGCUCCCCCCUUGCCCUUCAUCAGGACCCACCCAGCUCCUAUUGGCUCAGGAGGCUCCCAACCGACAACCAUCGUCUCUGAACAACCAAUCAGACGGCAGCAACCGUCCCCUCCUGUCCGGUCAGAGCCCAGAGAACCCCCCGCCCCCUUACGAGGAGGUGCAGACGCCCCACUCCAGAGACAGGAUGAGCGGGGAGGACAUCCGGGGUGUUGUACUGUCAGAUGAUAAGGACACCUGAUGCACGGUGUCAUGUGACUUCAGAUGAUCACUAAUGAGGACAUGUUUGAUUGGCAGCUGGCUGCAGCGGCUGAAACAUCGACUGACUGACUGACAGCAGACGCCUGAGCUGACUCUCUGCACUUACUCCUGGUUUGCUGCAUCAGGACACUUUGUCCAAUCACAUGAUGAAGAUGAUAAGCUCUGAUUGGCUGGUUGUUUGGAUCUCAACACCUUGAAUGAAAAGAGACUGAAGCUGGUCUCUCCAUGAAAUCUUGAUUGUACAGUUAAAUGUUGAAUGUGUGUUACAUAUGGGAGUGUGUGUGACGUCUGAUGAAACCUUGGAUCUGAACAGCCUCAUUUCUUAAAGUGUAUUCAAAUAGGAGUUCUGGGUUUUUUAAAGGGCAGCAGUCAUACAAAAGUGUAAGUGCCUGUGUGUGUGUAUGUGUGUAUGUGUGUGUGUGUGUUUUCAGUGUAUCUCUGGAGACGUUAUCCUUCCUGUCAGUGACGGGGUUGAUCGAGGCUCCCUCAGUGGAGUCCGCAGUGUGUGCUGUGUUUCUUUCUUUCUUUCUUUCUUCAGCCUUUUGUUCAGCGUUUCUCUGAGUCUGAUGGACUGUGGUGUUUUAGAUUUGAAGUCAGAUCGAUGCACGGACAGCGACAGUGACCAUGAUGAGCAUGUUGUGACAGUAACUUUUUGUACAGCAGAUAUAUUUAGAGACUUGAAAAAUGCCUGGAAACCAAACAGCCUUUAAAAGUGUUUCUCACGUGUUGAUCCAGUGGUGAGUGAAGUUUAAACAUUUUGAUAAAUGUCAAUGAAACAGUUUUAGAUUUAGUGGCAUCAGUGCAGACACACGUCGGUGCUUUAAUCCAGGAAAUCCUCCAGAUAAGAGUUUUCAUUCCUCGACAGUUUUUGGACCAAACCUCCUAAAAUAAGCUGAACUCAAAACGCUGAGACUCUCUCUGUGUCCUCCUUCACCUCUCUGUACGUCUGCAGAGUUAACUGACGCCUUCACUGACCAUGAAUGUAUUUUAUGUUGAAUAAAUCUAAUUAUAUUA